AUGGAUAACUUGAACAACCUCUCCAUUCAAGAUGAGCCGGUAGCCUCACCAGCUUCCGAGCCCCGCAAGCAGAAGAAGAAAAAGGUCCUGUUAAUGGGCAAAUCAGGCUCCGGCAAGAGCUCCAUGCGCAGCAUUAUCUUCAGCAACUACGUCGCAAAGGACACCAGACGGUUAGGAGCUACAAUUGAUGUUGAUCUGAGCCAUGUCAAGUUUCUGGGCAACCUGACGCUCAAUUUAUGGGACUGCGGUGGACAAGAUGCCUUCAUGGAAAACUACCUAAAUCAACAACGGCAGCAUGUCUUUUCGAAUGUCGGGGUCCUUAUUUAUGUCUUCGAUAUCGAAUCGCGCGAUUUCGACCGAGAUCUCCUUACUUACCGCUCUAUCGUUCAAGCCCUCGCCCAAUUCUCCCCUACAGCCAGCGUAUACCUCCUGAUACAUAAGAUGGAUCUUAUCCCCCCAGUGCAGAGAGAAGAUUUGUACAAUCACCGUGUCUCCAUCGUCCGAUCCAAGUCCGCUACCUUCGACCCGACUCCGUUUGCAACCUCGAUUUGGGAUCAAUCCCUCUACAAAGCCUGGGCGGAAAUAAUCCACGAUCUAGUCCCGAACCUUGAUCAAAUUGAGAAACACCUGGGUAGCUUAGGAAAGAUGAUAAUGGCAGAAGAAGUCCUCCUAUUCGAGCGUUCCUCCUUCCUCGUCGUCUCUAGCUGGUGCUCCAAAGAAAUAUUCACGGGCGACAAAGACAACCCCGCACAAAACCCCACCUACGAUCGAAACGAGCGCCUUUCGAACAUCAUCAAGAAUUUCAAGCAGAGCACAAGCAGAUAUACAGGUACGCCUAAGAGCGCGGAACAGUUUAGCGUUUUUGAACUGAAGAUGCCAAAUUUCUGCAUGUUCAUUGUCAAAUUUACUACAAAUACAUACUUGGGCGUUGUGCUUCCACCUGGGGAGGAAAGAUUUAACGCCGCGAUGGAGAACUGCUAUAUUGCGAGGAAGGAAUUCGAGGAUCUGGACUCGCCGGCGAAGAAGAGUGCCGAUAGGGGCGCAACUUCUGAGUCCCUUGAGACCGCGUAG